AUGCCCAGCUCCGCCCCCCGGCCGGAUGGAGGGGAGGGCGGCCCGGAUCCCGGCCCGGGGGGGCUGCUGCUGCUGAGCCCCCCCGCCGGGGAAGGCAGCGCCCGCCCCCCGGAGCAUCCCUCCCGGCCUCCCCCCGAGGGGGAGGGCGAGGAGGGGGAGACGGCGGCCGCCCUCCGGCUCGCCCUGGACCAGCUCUCCGUCUUGGGCGGGGAGGCGGCGGCGGCGAUGGAGGCCGCCUUGGGGGCGCCCCCCGAGGAGGGCAGCCCCCCGGCCCCGCCGGCCGCCGAGCUCUUCGGGCCCUUCCCCGGCCCCCUGCUGGCCGGACCGCUCGGCCUCAUCGGCAGCCGCAAGCGGAGCGUCAACAUGACCGAGUGCGUCGUCGUGCCCACCUCCGAGCAUGUGGCCGAGAUCGUGGGCAGGCAAGGAUGCAAGAUCAAAGCUUUAAGAGCAAAAACCAACACCUACAUAAAGACACCGGUGAGAGGGGAGGAGCCCAUUUUCAUUGUGACGGGCCGGAAAGAGGAUGUCGAAAUGGCCAAGCGAGAGAUCCUCUCGGCUGCCGAGCACUUCUCCAUGAUCCGAGCCACUCGCAACAAAGUCAACGGGGUGUCAGGCACAGUCUUAGGUCCCCCAAACCUCCCUGGGCAGACUACAAUCCAGGUGCGGGUGCCUUACCGCGUGGUCGGCUUGGUGGUGGGUCCCAAGGGGGCCACCAUCAAGCGGAUUCAGCAGCAGACCCACACGUACAUUGUGACCCCGAGUCGGGACAAGGAACCCGUCUUUGAGGUCACGGGCAUGCCCGAGAACGUCGACCGGGCUCGGGAGGAAAUCGAAGCCCACAUCACCAUGAGGACCGGCUCCUUUAUCGACGUCAGCAACGACAAUGACUUCCACACCAAUGGCACGGACGUCUGCCUGGAUUUGCUGGGCGGCGGCAGUCCCUCCAGCCUGUGGGCCAAAGCUCCCAACCCUGCCCGGAGGUCCCUGCCCAGCAUGCGGAGCGAUAACCUCGGUCCUUUGGGUAACCCUACCUCCGUGACAGAGCCUUAUUACGGUGGCCCCGCGGCUGACGGGCCCGCCGGCGGCCCCUUCAGAGCCAGCAACAGCUUCUCUUUCGGUGAGCCCCCGGCCCCCGCGCUCGACGACGCCGAUUUCGGGUUUGAUUUCCUGGCCCUGGACGUCACCUCGCCGACCACCAUCUGGUCUCCUUUCGAACCCCCUGGCAACCCGCUUUCGGCCUUCGGCGGCUCCUCUUCCCUCAACGGCAACCCCCCAAGACGCGACAGCACGACCACGCCUCGACACUCCCCGACCCUCCCUGAGACCGGCGCGCCCCUGGAGCACCCUUUAGCCCGGCGCAUCCAGAGCGAGCCGGUCAGCAACCUCUCUUGGCUGCCCACCCAGGACUCCCAUUCCUCAUUCUCGGACAGCACCGGCUAUUCCUCUUCCUCCUCCUUACCCGGCAGCGUGUCCGCCGCCUCGGGCUCCCCGACGGAUUCCAGCGGCUCCGACGGGCCUCGCAAGACCUCUCGGGAGUGCAUGGUGUGCUUCGAAAGCGAGGUCAUCGCCGCCCUGGUGCCCUGCGGCCACAACCUCUUCUGUAUGGAGUGCGCCAUGCGCAUCUGCGGCAAGCCGAAACCGGAGUGCCCCGCCUGCCACACGCCCGCCACGCAAGCCAUUCACAUUUUCUCGUAGUGGGCUCCUCCAGGGCCCCUCCCCUU